AUCACAACCUUAAAUUCUGCUUGACUCCUUGGUACUUAAACUGUUAAAAGAAUGCUAGAAAAUGUAACGUACCAUUUUCAGUGUUUCUGUGAUCAGACUCAUGCUUGGGUUUGUGGUGCAGGUGCAACUGCAGCUUCAAUUGCACUUCUAGUGAUCAUUUUCUAUUGCUUGAAAAAAAGAGCUUAUUGGAAGAAGAAAACACAAGAAUCUGAAAGAAUCGAAGCCUUUCUCAAAAAUCAUGGACCUAUGGCAGUGAAAAGAUACAAAUACAAACAAGUUAAAAAAAUGACACAAUCUUUUAAAGAAAAAUUAGGCCAAGGAGGCUAUGGAUGUGUGUUCAAAGGAAAGUUACCUAACGGUCGUCAUGUCGCUGUAAAAAUCUUAAAAGAUUCAGACAGUAACGGAGAAGAUUUUAUCAACGAAGUUUCAAGCAUUAGCAAGACUUCUCAUGUCAAUAUUGUUACUCUUUUAGGGUUUUGCUUCGAAGGUUCUAAACGAACUCUCAUAUUCGAGUUCAUGUCAAAUGGAUCACUGGAAAAACACAUAUUUGAAAAAAAUUCCUCACCAAGUAAUCGUGAAUUCGGAUGGGAAACACUAUACGAAAUCACACUAGGUAUCGCUCAUGGGCUAGAAUACUUGCAUCGAGGAUGUAAUACAAGAAUACUACAUUUUGACAUAAAACCCCAUAAUAUUCUCCUUGAUGAAAAUUUUUGUCCUAAAAUUUCUGAUUUUGGGUUAGCUAAGAUAUGCCCCGGAAGAGAAAGUAUCAUAUCAAUGAUGGAUAUGAGAGGCACAAUUGGAUACAUUGCACCAGAAGUAAUUUGUAAAAAAUUUGGUGGAGUUUCUUGCAAAUCUGAUGUUUAUAGUUAUGGAAUGUUGGUGUUGGAAAUGGUUGGAGCAAAAAAAAGUAUUUGUGUAGGUGUAGAUCAUAGGAGUAGUGAGAUAUAUUUUCCGGAUUGGAUAUAUAAGCGUCUAGAAUUAGACGAGGAAGUUGGAUUAAACGGGAUUGAAAAUGAAGAAGAAAAGCAAAUAGCAAGAAAGCUAAUUAUAGUGAGCUUAUGGUGCAUACAAACCAAUCCUUCAAAGCGGCCUUCGAUGGGUAAAGUUGUAGAAAUGUUGGUAGGAAGUGUUGAAUCCUUGACAAUCCCGACUAUACAUUCCUCCUCAGGAUCGUCUAUACGAGUAGUAUCAAAUUUUACAACCACAACUGAGCAUGAUACGGUGUUGUAAUUUAAAUGUAUGAUUCGCUACAUAUGAAGGCAUUUUCGUUUAUUAUUCA